GGAGGCCACGUGACGGGUCGGGGCGAUGCGGUGGCGGCUGCUGUGGGCGCUGUGCGCCUGCUGCUGGGGCUGCGCUUGGGGCAAGACGCUGCGGGGCGGCUUUGUCAGCGCCGCCGCCCGCCUGCAGCCCUGGCGGCCCCUGGCGCGCUUCCAGUUCCACGGUGACCAUGCUGUUCUGUGUGUCAGAAUCAACAACGUAGCAGUAGCUGUGACAAAAGAAGCUAGACUUCACCUGUUUCAAGCACAGGAAUGGCUGAAGCUGCAGAACAGUAUCCAAGACCACAGCUGUACAGAGAAAUUCUCUAAAGCUCAACUGACAAUGACUGUGAACCACACAGAGCAAAAUCUGACAGUGUCCCAGAUUCCUUAUCCGGAAACAUGGUAUGUGUUUUAUGUAGACAAGUUUACCUGCGAAGAGAAUUAUUCUGAAACCGAGGAUAUUCAGUUUGAAAUGGUCUUACUAAACCCAGAUGCAGAAGGGAAUCCAUUAGAUCACUUUAGCGCAGGGGAAUCUGGAUUACAUGAAUUCUUUUUCCUGCUUGUUCUAGCAUACUUCUUAACCGCUUGCAUAUAUGCACAGUCCCUAUGGCAAACAAUUAAGAAGCGUGGACCUAUGCAUACUGUACUAAAGGUGCUGUCAAUUGCAUUGUUGUUGCAGGCUGGUUCAGCUUUUGCCAACUACCUCCAUUUCUCAAGUUAUUCUAAGGAUGGAAUAGGAGCACCUUUUAUGGGAACUCUGGCAGAAUUGUGUGACAUAGUCUCUCAGAUACAAAUGCUAUAUUUAUUGUUGAGUCUGUGCAUGGGUUGGACAAUAGGCAGAAUGAAGAAAUCUCAUAGCAGACCUCUUCAAUGGGAUUCCACUCCAGCAUCCACUGGCAUUGCUGUAGUAGUUGUUGUUACACAGAGCCUUUUAUUAAUUUGGGAACAAUUUGAAGAUACUAAUCACCACAGCUACCAUUCACACCAUGGCUUAGCAAGUGGACUGCUUAUUGGCCUCAGAGUUUGCCUAGCUUUGUCGCUGGCUGCUGGUCUUUACCAGAUCAUCACAGUGGAGAGAAGCACGCUGAAAAGGGAGUUCUAUAUCACCUUUGCCAAAGCCUGCAUUCUCUGGUUUUUGUGCCACCCAUGUCUUGCAACCGUUUCUGUAAUAUUCAGAGAAUAUCAAAGAGAAAAGAUCAAGAGGCUUGCUCUGAAAAAAGGUCUAAGUGAGACUGAUAAAUGACUACCAUCACAGCUCCAUGACUGUACUAGUGCAAAGUGUUUUCAGGCUUUUUUUUUUUUUUAUUCCUCUCUGUUUGUUGUAAGAAUAGAAUAUCUAAACAUCACCUCUGCUUGUGGAACUGCAUGGGUGGUGAAUUGCAAGCCUGAAAUUCCCCAGAACAGAGACUGCCAGAAGGGGUUAUGUGACUUGCCCAGGGCUAUCUACAGAUUCAAAAACAUCCAGGUGUGAGAGCAUGAAUCCUGGACCUGAGGUUCACAUUCAGAUCUUUUGUAACUGCAGCAGCAUUAAAAGGUUUAAAGUUAAACUUCAAGCACUUAUAUAGUGUGCUGGCAGAAAUGUAUUUGCAUUUGGUUUUCACUUACUUUUUCCCUUCUUCUGUUUUUUGUCUUUAGAUUAUUACCAUAGGUGUUAUCCUCUGUCAGUGCAUCUCCAUGGUUAUCCUCUACAGACUUUUUCUUUCUCAUAGUCUAUAUUGGGAAGUGUCUUCACUAUCAGCAGUGACAUUGCCACUAACAGUAUCCUCUGGACAUAAAAAUCGACAUCACUUCUGAGAUGUUUAGGAAGAAUACGUUAUGUAAUAAAUGUGCAAUAAUGACCCAAAUAUACAGGUAUUUUUGUCACAGGUAUGUGAUACAUCGGUUUCACUGGAAAACUGGUUGGUAAUAUCAGAGCACUUCACAGACCUUUGGUCUGACACAGUCCUUAGAUUAAUCUGUUACAAAUAUUGUUGAGUGGAAAAAAUCCAUAAUUUGAAUGAUUUCCUGAAGAUGGUUCGUGGGUAGCAUGUGGUGCUGAGCUAUGUCACAGAAAAGUACAGUAAUUCUUUUCUCUCCCAUUCACAGCCCCAAAAAAUAUCCCUACUUUAUAUCAAUACUAAGUUUGAAGGUCUUAUAAAAUGCAGUUCUUAAAAUGUCAACAAGCUCAAACAAGUCUGAAAUAGGCCAGUUGUGAAAUUGGUGUGAUGCAUAACGACGAAUACAAGUUCUUUUAUUUUUGUGCUUUAGAAAAAAAUACAUUUUAUGUAUAGGGAUAAAAGAAGGGGAAACAAAAGAGGGAGAGUCCACUAAGAACGUGUAUAAAUGUUUACAACUAACCGUGGGAAAUUUUUCUUUAGUAUUGGUGUAAAAGAAAAGCAUUUUUCGCAAUUACUGUUCAUAUUGGUUAGAAUUUUAAUGGGAAUGAAAAUAGAGUUUAUAUUUUCCUUUUUUUGAAAUAAAUGUAACUAAAAAUUUCACCCAGUAAAGUUCUAAACAAUAUUUGAGGCUUAGAAGAUAUAGCAACAUAAAGGUAAUUAAAACAGCAGGCUCACAAAAAAAAGGGCAAAGAAAAUGGAAUGGGUGAUGUGGUACUAGAAUUUUAAUCCUGAUAUAAUUCAUUUCUCUUACAUUGAGGAUUCAAUCAUAAUUAAGCCAUAUACACAGAUUAAAUUAACAGAAGCAUUUCAAAUAAAUGUUGGUUUCAGUCAUCAACUACCCAUGAAUUCCUGCCCAAGGAUACUUAAUCAGGAUUAAAUUUUCUAUGAAUAAUUGAAAAACAAAAUACUCACUGGAUUUGUUAUAAUCCAUGUUGGCACUGGGUUCUAAGUAGUUGCCAUCUUCCAUCCAUUAUAAUAAAGCCAUACUACUUUGUGAUGCCCUAGCAUUCAGAAAGCCAGUGUAAAUAUAUACUUUAUUGAAGUGCCUAUUUAUUGAGUAUGAUGAAAUCAUGCUGACAUUUUUUCCUUCAUAAUAAGAACAUACCUAUUACCAUUGUGACUGCAAUUGUUCUUUUGGGAUUUACUUAUUAUUUUUCAUAUUUUAGAUUUCUCGCCGUACAAGUGUGUUUCUUCACAACACCGAUUUUAUUUUCUAGUAAACAAAUGAUUGUUUCUUUGUAAUAGUAUGUAUUUAAUUACGCCUCUUUGAAAAUGUGAAGACACCAGGGUUCUAGCUUUAAAAUAGCCCUAACUUUUCCAUUCAUGUUUGCCUCAGCUGUGAGCAUAGUUGAAACAUAAGUCUAUUCCAUUUCAGUUUAGAGGUGAAAGUAGACAUUUGCCUUUGACUAAGGCAAAAUGGCAACAUGACAGAGUUGCUCAUUAAAUCAUCUCCUUUCUUAUUGUUUGUAAUUCAGAUCAAGAAUGGCAGGUUGAGGCUGGAAAAGAUGAGAUAUUAUGAUUUCACACAAUCUUCAGAGUGAUUAAAAGAUUAAUUAUUACAUUCCUCUGAUAACCACACAAAAAUAUUAUUGGUUAAAACUUCAGUCUUUAUUUCCCUGCUUAUCUCUGUACUUUUCAUCUUCUCAAGAAAAAAGCAUCCUGUUUUUGAUAAGUCUCCAAUAAUGCAGUAGAAGAGUUCUAUCUGUCCUCAUGUAUAAGACAUGAAAUUCACACAUAAAAUAGAAUUUUCUGAUAGACACAAGAGCUACUUUAUAGUUUAUGAUCUGUCAUGAUAAAAGUUUUAACCUAUGCAGAAAAAUUGCAUGUGACUUUCAGAAUAGACACUCUAUUUAUUUUAUUCUCCAGAAGUACUUUCUUACUUCCUGUAGUCCCUCUGACUUCAGUCUGUCAGUGUUAAGGUAAAUGAUAUCUUAAUUUCACCUUUUAAGUGUACUCUACAACAAUUCAUAAAAUGAAUUCAGAAUUCAUAGUUCAUCUGGGUAUAAAUAUAAAGCAUCAGAUGUUGUCUCUUAAUCUUUUCCAGAUUGCCCCGUAAGUCAACAGGUAACAUUAUCCUCUUAGUCUGGCGUUGAAUCCAAUGAUUUGAAAAUAAAAUUUUGAUUUUACUAUUAAUGUAACUGUAGCAAUUAAGUAUCACUUUCUCAUGGUAAGCUGUACCACGGACAUGCAUUUCUGCUCAGGUCUGUUAGCGUUCUUUCAUGACCAACAUCCACCAAUGUUACAUUAUUAAAUCACUAACGCAUGCUGUAGCAGUAGGUCAGUAUGACUGUGGUAAUAUUCAAGAUGUCAGUUAAUUCAGUACAUGAUAUCCAUGGGGCUGGAGUCUUCAAAUAUGACCUAUUUACAAAACUUCUUGCUUACCUAUAUUCUGGCUUGAAGUUUACUGCCUGAAGAAUGGUUUGAAUAUGUGAAAUUCUCCCUGCUUCCUAACUUACAUUUUUAAUGAGACCAAUUGAUAAAACCUUGUGGGGUUUUUUCAUGCUUAUUCACAUAUUGACCCAUUUAACCGUUUUGGUUUCAUAACCUCAUCUUAGGAGAAUAGCUUCCAGGCUUCUUUUAGUUGUCUUCGGUAAGUGCAUCCUGCCUGAAAAAGUUUCUCUUUUUUCUAGAACGUGCUUUCCAUCACACACACACACACACCAAAAAAAAAAAAAAAAGUUUUGUAUCGCCAAACUGCAGCUCUGGCUGAUCUGAGCAACUCAUGAUGCACCCACCUCAGCUACACACCAGAUGACAGCAGUGGACAAAAGCACUCCUUUAGCAUGCCCGUAGCCCCACCGCGUAAAUGGCAUGGUUUUGUGCCAGCUGAAAGCAGCCGCGGACCCAGGGAGCUCUCAGCGGGAGGGCUGUAGCCAGCUCGCAGACUCCCUGCCACCUCGCCCGCUGCAAAGAGAGAGAAACACAUUGCAUGUAAAGGCAGCGCUACCAGCUGCUGACCGUGCUGAGCACAACUAUUUAGCUGGGGUUGAAUGGCAGCUUCGUACUUGUUAGUUUUUGUGCAUCGCAUGGUUCUGUUUUAAAUAAAGUUGCAGAUAGAGGGUAUACUAAUUCCAUUGUCUGUGAGUUUCGGUGCUUGGAAAAGAUAAGUAUACAUUGACAAGAUUGCAAACCGAAGUUGUUUGUGCUGUGAAGAAAUUCACUUCAAUGCAUGAGAGGACGUUUCCUUGCCAGUCAUCGCCUUUUCUACUGGCACAGAUGCCAGUUAGUGUCAAUUCUGAUUUAUUGGUUGGGGGGAGGAUCGUUGUUCAGAAGGGAUGAGAGUGAGAUCAGCAAUUCAGCCUACGAGACCCCCCACACGCUGUGAGGAGUGGUAAUCUUGCAUGGCUCCCGACCCGGGCUGGAUUGGAACCAGUGAUGUAGAGGUUGGAACAAUGCUCGAGCUCAUCCCCUAAGCUAUUCGCUCCCAUUCCGUGUAGGGUAUGUUGAUUGUACUUUUAUUUAAAGUGCUUCAGGUAGGAAAAAUGAAUAUUUACAAUUAAAUAUAUGUAAAUGAAAGUGGAAAGGCUUGAUUGGAAAAAUAUCAAGUUUCUAAUACAUAUUACUAUACUAAGACCUCCCACACAAGACAAACAUUUAUAGUCAGACCUAAUAAAUAUUCCUUUCUGGUUCCAGUGCUAAUGGAGAGCCACAGAGGUAUCAAAAUCUUUUUGUUUGCAUCUCCGUCCUCUACAGAACUGGAAGACUGUUUGAUCCGAUUUGGUUCUGGUGUAUUCUGUGUGAUGCCAUGCCUCUACUCGACACUUUUUACAGAUUGCUAUAAAUGUUGGCUGGGCUGGCUAAAACCGAUUAUUAUGUUGUACCUUGUAACUCUUUUUGUGUGACUAUGCAAUGUACAAGGGGCAGGUGAUCCUUGCAAAUGUCAAACAUUAAAAGAAAAUAUUAAGCUGUU